AUUAGUCGAACUCAACUAGUCAGUCACUCGAAUAGCUCGCUCAGUCAUGGAGGGCAAUAUGCUGACUGCAGCACGGCCCUAUCUGCAGUUGCUCGCGCUGCUGACGCUGACGCCGCCGCCCAGCUUCUAUGAGGGAGCUCUGCGUGGCUGCGAUUGGCGGCUCUGGAUGCUCGGCUUCGGCUGCUACUGUUUCUGCAUACUGCUGCUGGGCAUUGAUGUGACCUAUGUAAACAUCAGAAUACUCAACUUUCAAAUUCUAAUGUUGGAGGUCGAAGACUUCACAAGUGCCCAGGGCAAGGUACAAAAGCUCUGCUACCCGCUGCUCUUGAUCGUCAUUCAUGGCAAUAUGCUGAUAUAUUUUCGCAAACUGGGAAGUAUUUACACGGAGAUUGCAGCCCUGGAGAGGGAUAUCGAUGCCGCCUCGCAAUCUUUGGGUGGGCUGGGGAGACGUCUCAAGUUUCGCCAACGUUUGGCUAAGCUGAUUGGAUUGUGGCUUCUUAUUCUAUCGGUUGCAUUUCCAUUGGUUUCAGUACCCUCAAUGACGGAAUAUAUGGACUGGUACUACAAGAUUUUCACCGAAUUAUUAUUAGUCAUGUUUCAAAUGAAAAUCGUGGAAUACGGCUUGUUCGUGCUCUUCGUGGAGGAACUGCUGCUGCGUCUGCGCCACACGCUCAUCCAACUGCAGCAGGAGUUUACCAACUGCGAGCACCACGCCCUGCUCCAAGCCUUGUGUGUGGCACUCCAGCGCAAUAAGCAGCUGGUGGCCCGUGUCUGGAAGCUCGUCGGGGAGCUAGAGAUAUACUACACUCUGCCGAUGAUGUCCUUGUUCGUGAAUAACGGCUUUGCCAUGCUGCACAUCGUCAAUUGGGCCUAUAUACAAACUCUGAAUCCAAACGAUUGUACCAACUGCCGCUUUACGCGUUUUGGCAAUGUUUUGAUUCUGCUACUAAAUCUCUUGAUACCCUGCUGGCUCAGUCAAAGGUGCAUCAAUACGGUAAGUUGUACACCUGUUGAACUUAAUACGAGUAUAAUGAUAUACAGAUAUUCAUUUGUACUUCUACAGUACGCCAGUAUUAAUCGUAUUAUUCACAACGUUCGCUGCGGCGCUGGAAAUAGCAAUCCGGAAUGGCUCAGCAAUAUUCUGCGAGAAUAUGUACUGCAAAUGGAGCAUUUAAAGCUGCGCUUUAGUUGUAGGAAUUUCUUCGAUAUAAAUCUGAAGAGCUUUGGUGGAGUAAGUUGAAUCGGUGAGAAGAAAUUCAGAUUAUAUAUUCAUAUAAGAUAAUAUUUUCCUGCCAGAUGGUGCUCACAAUAGUUAGUUACAGCAUUAUUCUGAUACAGUUCAAGCUAAACGACUUGGUCGAGGCAAAGCCAAAAAGCUUGACGAAAGCUCAAUGAAAGCUCUGCCCUGCUCUAUGUUAACUUAACAGACCUUCAGCUUAACAUUGCAGACAUGGCAGCAAAUGCGAUUUUUUAAAAUACAUAUUAAAUUGUUUUAUUGAAACAUUUAUGCUAUUAUUGUUUCUGCAAGUGCAUCGGAGCAACUUUAACAUUCAAUUCUCA